AGAUAUUGGAACAUUAUAUUUUAUUUUUGGUAUUUGAGCAGGAAUAGUAGGAACUUCUUUAGUCUUCUAAUUCGUGCAGAAUUAGGAAAUCCUGGAUCUUUAAUUGGAGAUGAUCAAAUUUAUAAUACUAUUGUAACUGCUCAUGCUUUUAUUAUAAUUUUUUUUAUAGUAAUACCUAUUAUAAUUGGUGGAUUCGGUAAUUGAUUAGUACCAUUAAUAUUGGGAGCCCCAGAUAUAGCUUUCCCCCGUAUAAAUAAUAUAAGAUUCUGAUUAUUACCCCCCUCUAUUAUACUUUUAAUUUCAAGCAGAAUUGUAGAAAAUGGAGCAGGUACUGGAUGAACAGUGUACCCCCCACUCUCAUCUAAUAUUGCCCAUAGAGGAAGAUCUGUUGAUUUAGCUAUUUUUUCCCUGCACUUAGCUGGAAUUUCUUCUAUUUUAGGAGCUGUUAAUUUUAUUACAACUAUUAUUAAUAUACGCCCUAAUAAUAUAUCAUUAGAUCAAAUACCCCUAUUUGUUUGAGCUGUAGGUAUUACAGCCCUUCUUUUACUUUUAUCGCUACCAGUAUUAGCCGGUGCCAUUACCAUACUUUUAACAGAUCGAAAUCUUAAUACUUCAUUUUUUGAUCCUGCUGGUGGAGGUGACCCCAUUCUCUAUCAACAUUUAUUUUGAUUUUUUGGACAUCCUGAAGUUUAUAUUUUAAUUUUACCAGGAUUUGGUAUAAUCUCCCAUAUUAUUUCUCAAGAAAGAGGUAAAAAGGAAACAUUUGGAUGUUUGGGAAUAAUUUAUGCUAUGUUAGCAAUUGGUUUAUUAGGAUUUGUUGUUUGAGCACAUUAUAUAUUCACAGUAGGUAUAGAUAUUGAUACUCGAGCUUAUUUUACAUCAGCUACAAUAAUUAUUGCUGUUCCUACAGGAAUUAAAAUUUUUAGUUGAUUAGCUACUCUUCACGGUACUCAAAUUAAUUAUAGUCCAUCUAUAUUAUGAAGAUUAGGAUUUGUAUUUUUAUUCACAGUAGGAGGUUUAACAGGUGUUAUUUUAGCUAAUUCAUCAAUUGAUGUUACCCUCCAUGAUACUUAUUAUGUAGUAGCCCAUUUUCAUUAUGUUCUUUCUAUAGGAGCCGUAUUCGCUAUUAUAGGAGGAUUUGUUCACUGGUAUCCACUAUUCACCGGAUUAUCAAUAAACCCAUACUUAUUAAAAAUUCAAUUUUUUAUUAUAUUUAUUGGUGUAAAUUUAACAUUUUUCCCCCAACAUUUCCUAGGAUUAGCUGGAAUACCUCGACGAUAUUCUGACUACCCCGAUACUUAUACCUCAUGAAAUAUCAUUUCAUCAUUGGGGUCUUAUAUUUCUUUAAUUGCAACAAUAUUAAUAUUAAUUAUUAUUUGAGAGUCUAUAGUAAAAAAACGAAUUAUUUUAUUUCCAUUAAAUAUAAAUUCCUCUAUUGAAUGAUAUCAAAAUCUUCCACCAGCUGAACAUUCAUAUAAUGAAUUACCUAUUUUAAGAAAUUUCUAAUAUGGCAGACUAUAUGUAAUGGAUUUAAACCCCAUUUAUAAAGGAAUAUCCUUUUUUUAGAAAUGGCAACUUGAUCUAACUUUAACCUCCAAAAUAGAGCUUCUCCAUUGAUAGAACAAAUUAUUUUUUUUCACGAUCAUACCUUAGUUAUUUUAAUUAUAAUUACAAUCUUAGUUGGAUAUUUAAUAAUUAGAUUAUUUUUCAAUUCUUAUAUCAAUCGAUUUCUUCUAGAAGGACAAAUAAUUGAAUUAAUUUGAACAAUUUUACCAGCAAUUACUUUAAUUUUUAUUGCUUUACCUUCUUUACGCCUCCUAUAUUUAUUAGAUGAACUAAAUAACCCUUUAAUUACAUUAAAAUCUAUUGGUCAUCAAUGAUAUUGAAGUUAUGAGUACUCAGAUUUUCAUAAUAUUCAAUUUGAUUCCUAUAUAAUCCCGCAAAAUGAAAUAAAUAAUAAUAAUUUUCGUCUUUUAGACGUAGAUAAUCGAAUUGUUAUUCCCAUAAAUAAUCAAAUUCGAAUUAUAGUUACAGCAACAGAUGUUAUUCACUCCUGAACAGUACCUUCUCUAGGUGUAAAAGUAGAUGCUAAUCCAGGUCGACUUAACCAAACUAAUUUUUUUAUUAAUCGCCCUGGAAUUUUCUAUGGACAAUGUUCUGAAAUUUGCGGAGCAAAUCAUAGUUUUAUACCUAUUGUAAUUGAAAGUAUUUCAAUUAAAAAUUUUAUUAAUUGAAUUAAUAACUAUUCUU